UGUGGCGUGAAAUUUCAGUCCACAAGAAAGACGAAAAAAAAACAAACUGAAAUGAAUCCAAACCUUCGAUUGUUAUAUCCACAAACACCCAACAAGCACGUUUUCUCUCCUUUCCCAGCCAUGAAGAGACCCAAGUGUGUUGAUGUUAGCUUUUAGAGUAACUCCAAGAUGAAGAGAAGGAGAAGGAAGUCUAUUAACUAAUCUCCUUUUCUUUUAGAGAGAGAGAGGGAGAGAGGGAGAGAGGGAGAGUUUUCUUAUGCUUCUCUUCCAUGGCCUUUUCUUCUUCAACUAGAAAUAUUUUCAUCAACAAUCUCUCGUCCACGAAAAACGACUCUGCUACGAGGAAAAGGGCUUUAGGGAAACCGGCUUUGGAAUUAUCUUGUGCGAGAAGAGCUUCCAGCAGCUCAAUAGUUCACCAGGCUGCUAGGCUUUUCGCACCUGCGACGAGAUUUGAAGCGUCAAAGCUGAAGGUGGUUUUUUUGGGAGAAGAGAAGGAGAAGCACCCAGGAAUCAUCCCGAGAAUCUAUACUGUCACACAUUGCGACCUCACAGCUAACCUAACACUGGCCAUCUCCGAUACCAUCAACAUUGCUCAGUUGAGCGGGUGGUACAACAAGUUGCAGAGAGACGAUGUGGUUGCUGAUUGGAAGAAGGUAAAGGAGGAGAUGUCUUUGCAUGUCCAUUGCCAUGUUAGUGGGGCUCAUCCCUUGCUUGAGCUAGCAGCUGAGUUCAGAUAUCAUAUCUUCACCAAGGAGCUACCAUUGGUUCUCAAAGCGGUGAUAUAUGGGGAUUCAGUCCUUUUCAACGAGCAUCCAGAAUUGAUGGAGGCUCAGGUUUGGGUGUAUUUCCAUUCCAAUUUAAACAAGUACAACCGCAUAGAGUGUUGGGGCCCUCUCAAGGAUGCCGCACGGGGAACGCUAGGGGGUCACUCGGAUAGUUUUCCAAGUGAGGAAGAGGAAGUUCAUAAAGCAUGGGUGAGCCCCAGAUCGAUCUUCCAUGCACUUGUUGCCUUGCUCCUUUGAUGAGUUCAAUUGCAUGGUACAUGGCCCACUAGAAGUGAUCACGGCCACUGCUUGCUACACCAAACCUUAGGUACGCACAAGAAAUGACCCAUUUCUUUCAUUCAUUUUUAUUUUCUAGUGUGCAAUGCAUCGUCAUUGAGAACGGGUUUGGCAGUCUACAACACCGCCGAUCUUGCGACUCAAAACAGGUGAACUUCUCCCACCCCAGCGAGAGUCGUGCAUCAAAAGGAUUAGAUAGGCCAUUUGAUUCAUAUGUUUGAAUUAUUCUUUCCUAUGAAGGGAAGUCCCCAAUUCAUUCAUAUUGAGCAUUGAAAGAUUCGUGUGAAUAUUGCAAUCGAUUCUUUGUAUCAAUGCAUACAGUUUACAAGGACUUCAACUGAUCUUACAUUUACUUCA